AUGUCUGGACGCCAAGGAGGAAAGCUCAAGCCUCUCAAGGCGCCAAAGAAGGAAAAGAGAGAGGAUGAUGAAGAUGAUGCCGCGCACAAGGCAAAGCUCAAGAAGGAGGCAGCAGAGCUCAAAGCCGCUCAGCAACGAGCCCAGCAGUCGGGACCCAUGGGUGGAGGAGGCAUUAAGAAGUCUGGCAAGAAGUAA